AUGGCACGAGCUAAGCUGUCCUCUGAGGCGGCCCAACCUGAUCCGAACCUUCGAUUCAUUAUCGGCCAUCUUAACGUACUUGAGCCCCUGAUGCUGGAGCUUUCUGCAGCUGAAGUCGAGCACCAGAAGCACUUUCAUCGUUGUGUAAGCGGCACCACGACACCCGUGGAUACUCGCAUCAUGGAACUCAAUGCUGUCGCCCAGGUGUUUCCGGGGGAGGAUUCGUUCACCAACGGCGACCAAUUCAACGCCGCAGUGAUCUCAAGACCGCAUGAACACACCAUAAGGGCAACAAGCAACAAGACCGACCGCGUAAGAACAAAGGCUGGUAUCGAGGAGUCCAGCAAGGCUCGUAUCCGCUAUAACGUAUACUAG